CACCCAGCGUUCACUUCCGUGUUGUGUCACGUGCUGCUCGACCGCGUCGUCUAUUGGUUGUUUUAUAUCCCUAGAUGAAUUUGUGUAAAGAUUGUCUCAAAUGCGAAAUAAAUAUUCCUGUAAAACACGCAAAUAUCGAAUUCCAGUGAUCCUAUAUUUUUAAAAUAAGAUAAUAAAGUAUAUUUAAAUGGAGUAAUAUAAAGGUUAACCUUUCAUUUUAGCACUCAGUCCUAAGAAACUGUACGCAUGAAUCCUUACUAGCCUAUUUGAUGCGCUGUAGUCAGUGUCAGCAUCAGUGCAGAGUGGGCGCACUGACCGCUAAUGGAUCUUCAAGGACAGUCAUGAACCGCAUCUACAUCCCAGCAAACCAUAAAAAAGCAUGAAAAUGAAUACGGAUCGUUUCAGCCUCAGUGUUGACGAGUAUUUAGCUGAAACGAAUGUACUCUUUUAUCUCAAUGAUGCUGUCACACAGCUACUUGAACAUAAAGAGGAAUACACCCAGUUUGGUGUGGUCCGAUAUUUUGCAGAAUAUUUUGCUAGUGUGAAGAAUGGGAAUCAUGUGCUCUUCAGGGAAUUCAGUUACAUUAAAGCAACACCUCACAACAGAGAGUCUUUUAUACAUAUCUUCUGGAAAUGCUUCCGACAGAUUGGAAAGAAUGGGGAUCUGUUGGCAAUUUCAGAAUACAGUUCACUUUUACAGCUGUUGUGCCCUGACUUUCCCACUGAGAUGGUACAAAACACAGCCAGGAUUGUGCUGAUAGACGAUGCCACUGACUGUCUGUCAUUCUCUGAUUUUAUUUAUUCAUUCCAAAUCCAGUUCUAUUAUGAAGAGUUUGUAGAGAGUGUGUCUGUGAUUUACCAAGACCUGUUGUCAGGGAAGAACCCAAACACCGUCAUAGUCCCGACCUCCACCUCUGUGGAACAGCUGUCCAGCGCAGCCAAUGAGGAGCCGGACGCUCAAGAAGGCGUUGACUCCUCCAUCUUUUGUGAAUGUAUAGAGGGUCUUUGUGAGAGGUUCAAACACAAGUUUCCCUCCAUUGUUGCCAUUAAGGAGAUAUUAGAGAGCAGUCAGCGAGUGUCUUUCUAUAGCUUUCUGAUGGCCUUGGCCAAACAUGAGGGAGUAAACCAAGACAUCAGUGCUCUUCCCAAUAAAUCGGACCUGCUGAUUGAUCCAGAGAUGGACCAGGAGCUGGAGAGACUCAUAGCUCAAGUUGCCAUCAGCCCGACGUCCAACAACAGCAGCAGCAGCGCUGCGGGACAGAAGGAGACGUCCAAGAAGGCCUCGCCACGCAAGUCCCUGCACCAACGCAAGAGGAUCGAAAUGGAAAGCGACGGUUCCACGGAGGAGACAGACUCCUCUGAGAAUUAACACGCACAUCCCUGCUUGCUAGCUUCUUUAUGAUUUUUUAGACAGCAGUUAUGCUAGUUCACUGAUUUGAUUAGAGUGGCGUUCCAGCAGUGCUGAAGCAUCUCUACUCUGUCUGUCUACGCUCACUCUUCCAUUUCUAUGGGCUACACUGUAGUCCACUUACUUUCAUAGCUGAAACCAUGAAAUAAACAAAUUAGCCAUCCAUAUUGUGUCUAAAAAUGUCAAUUACCUAACUUCUUGUUAUAUAACUGUUGUAUAAAGGAAAACGCAGUACAGUAAUUGAUCUGUAAUAUAUAUACACACACACUUGAAAACUCGAGAGAAAUAGUUUUAGCAUGUCAUUGAGUAUGCCAAUGUUAUGUAUUUGGUAUUGGCGAACUACAUCAAACGCUGCUGCUGCUAUUGAUUAUUGCUGCAGAGCAAGUAUGGACUUGAGCAUGUAAGAUAUGCUGCUGCAUAAAUAGACAUUCAUAAAUGCUGUAGCAGAUUUAGGCAGGGGGAGCUGGGGGGUUUCAGAGAGGAACUCUGAUAGCACACAACAGCAGGACUAGCUUACAGCACUGAACAAUACUGAAAUACGAGACUAUUUACAUGUUGAGGAAGCAAUCUCAUUGGCUGCAGGAUUAGCAAAGGCCAAUCAGUGUGUGCCAUGCGGUAAUGAUGCGAUUGCAUGUCAACCUUUCAGCAUGCGUCCUCUAGUGUUUCAUGACUGAUGCACUGUUAGCAAUAAAACAUCGGGACAAUCGAUUUACAAAUAGGAUUUAAUUUUAUGAUUUCCACAGAACAGAAAAGUUAUGAUCAUUUAAAAAAACAAUAUACAGUGAUAACAGAUGAAAUAGGCACAACUUGUGAUUUUGCAGGAUCAAGUCGCAAAUAUUUUUUUUGCAGACACAAAUGGUCCUAAUAACUGAAUACCACCUUUCAAAAUGGCCGUACCAAGCAAAAUAUCUUCACGCACAGUGAGAAACUGUUCUACAGAACGCCAUUUCUGCAGAUUAUUCAAUUAAGACUGCUCAUUUUGUGAAUAUUGCAUAAUAGGUAAGCGCAUGCUGUGAGGAUGUGCCAUUUUGAAAGGACUGGUGAAAAUGGGUCCAUUUUAGGCCUUGGCUUUAAACCUUUCCUUUUUUGUAUCAGGAAAACAAAAAAUGAGCAAGCACAAACUUUUCACUACCAGGCAGCAGUAUUCCUCGGCACCUUCUGUCAUUAUGACAGUGUCGCAUCCUCUCCUUAUAUAUAUUUCAGGUGCCAGAAUAAUAUAUACUUUAAGAUCUUUCCAUUUUGUAUAGUUAUAAAUAGGAUAUCUAAUAUAAUAUGUAAAAAGAAAAUACAAUUAUUUGGUUUUCACAGCUACAUAUGCCAGGGAUUCUGAGAUUGAACCAGAAUGCAAAAAGGCCCAGACUAUGCUCUGUUUAACAGAGCAACAUAUGGGAAUCUAAGCACACGUGAACAUUGAAUACGAGAACCAAUAAGAAAAAGCAUUCACAGAAGUAAGCAUGGGUGCUGUAUUGUAUUUGUGAGACAUUGUAGUGCGCAGAUAAAUGACAGCAAGUACCCAAUUGAACCAAGAACACUUGAAAUUGAUUGUGGCAUUGGGCCGUAAACACAGGAAAACAAUGAAAAAGUAGCUCUGUGGAAU